GUCCGACUGGCGGAGCCCCGUUUACAUGCCUGCCUAGCCGCAGUUGGUCCACCUGCAACAGCUGCCGCUUUCCCCCCUUUUCUCCCUUCCCCCACUCCACUAUCUCCUUGCCCUUGAAAGCAAAAAGGGGGGAAAGGAAGAGAAAAAAAAGAGGUCUAGCCAGUACACAGCUCCCCAGUAACACAAAGCAAACCCCGGGAAGGGCUCCUUGGGGGUGUGGGCAUUCUUCUGCCAGGCGGUUUCAAAGGCACUCGAAGGAGCGCAGCCAUUCUUCGAAACGGCGAGAGAAGCAGAGAGGAGAGAGCGGGGGCAAGGUUGCAGAACUGCAUCCCGGAGGGAGGCAGGGUGGGGGUGGAGGAAAACUAAGCUGACCCCCCUCCCCUCAGCAAUAGACACACACUCUGUCUCUCUGCUCUCCUUAUUCUGUAGGUGGCAUUCCCAAACUACUAGGUUAGGGAGGGCUAGAAAGGUGGUUAGGUUGUGGGGUCUGGGGAGAUAACAGCUGGAGACCUCCCCCACCCUUAGUGCUGGGGGGGGGGGUUGGGUGCGUCCUCCCUUUGCUAUCUCUCCGGGGCAGGCUCUCCGCUUCCCAGGCUGGGAGUCUUGGGGUGCGUUAUUCUCUGCGUGGGGCGGGAGGGACUAGAACAAGAGGUUUGGGGUAGGGGCGCAUGGAGGGUGAGAAAGGACAGCCCCCCUUUCCUUUGCAACCCGGGCGCACCGCUCCGCAGGCGGAGCCCUAGCCAGCAACAUCCCCCACACGUGCCGCCCUGCAGAGGGGGACUGGACUACCUGGAUCCCUUCCAGUUGAGUCUGAGCCGCGCCAGCCUGGACUCCAGGUUUUCGUUUUGAUUGCUUGUGAGGCUUUUGCUCCUCCCUUCCUGAAAUCCUAUAUUAACUGUGGCCAAAGCUGUAAGAAACAUAGCUCAUUGUUGGCAAAUGCCGAUGAGCCUCACUGAGGAGUAAGGGGAAGGCUUGGGGGAAAAUAAAAGAGAAAGGGGCUUGGGUCUUCAGGCGCAGCUACAGCAGCAGCAACAGCAGCAGCAGCCGCCACAAAACGACACUAAUAAUAUCACGUAACCAACCUCGGAGGAAACCAGGAAAAUACUCUAUAUGCAGCUGGGCGGAUUUUAAACUGAGCGAUUUUACCAACAACCUUGUGAGCAGAAAGAGCAAAGACCGGAGAAGGGUUGGAAAUGGCUGACCACAUGAUGGCCAUGAACCACGGGCGCUUCCCCGAUGGCACCAACGGGCUGCAUCACCACCCUGCUCACCGGAUGGGAAUGGGUCAGUUUCCAAGCCCCCAUCACCACCACCAGCAACAACAACAACACGCCUUCAAUGCCUUAAUGGGCGAGCAUAUACACUAUGGCGCUGGGAAUAUGAAUGCCACUAGCGGGAUCAGGCAUGCGAUGGGGCCAGGGACUGUGAAUGGAGGUCAUCCCCCCAGCACCAUGCCCCCCACGGCCAGAUUUAACAACUCCCAGUUCAUGGGGCCCCCAGUCGCCAGCCAGGGAGGCUCCUUACCGGCCAGCAUGCAGCUGCAGAAGCUAAACAACCAGUAUUUCAACCAUCACCCUUAUCCCCACAACCACUAUAUGCCGGAUUUGCAUCCUGCAAGCCACCAGAUGAACGGGACGAACCAGCAUUUCAGAGAUUGCAACCCAAAGCACAGCAGUAGCAGCGGCAACAGCGGCGGUAGCAGCAGCAACAGCAGCAGCAACAUGCCUUCCUCGGUUCCCCACGUCCCCGCUGCGAUGCUGCCUCCCAAUGUCAUAGACACUGACUUCAUAGACGAGGAAGUGCUCAUGUCGUUAGUGAUAGAAAUGGGUUUGGACCGCAUCAAGGAGCUGCCUGAACUCUGGCUGGGACAAAACGAGUUUGAUUUUAUGACGGACUUCGUGUGCAAACAGCAGCCUAGCAGAGUGAGCUGCUGACUUAAUUUAAGCAACAACAACCACAACCACAACAAAAGAAAAUAGAUCCCGACUUUUUCGGUGUGAAUUAAAAACAUUCCCUUAGACACAGUAUCUCUCUUUUCAGAUCUUGAACGGUUUGAGAACUUGGAAAACAGAGUAAACUAUAAAACUUGUACAAAUUGGUUUAAAAGAAAAUUGCUGCCACUUUUCUGUUUUUUUUUCUUUCUGGUUUUUUGUUUUUUUUGUAGCCUUGACAUUCACCUCCCUUAUGUAGUAGUAAAAUCUAGCUAACUCGGUCUCUUUUCUGUUUUUUUCUCCUUUUUUCCUCACUUAAUUUCUAAAGUGCUCAACUGUUAGAUAUUAAUCUUGGCAAACUGCUUAAUCUUGUGGAUUUUGUAGAUGGUUUCAAAUGACUGAACUGCAUUCAAAUUAUGAGUGGAAGGAAAAAUUGCAUUAGUUGGUUGCAUGAACUUUGAAGGGCAGAUAUUACUGCACAAACGCUGCCAUCUCGCUUCAUUUUUAACUAUGCAUUGGAGUACAGACUAAUUUUAAAAAUAUGCUAAACUGGAAGUUUAAACAGAUGUGGGCCAAACCAUUCUGGAUCAGGAAAAGUAAUACUGUUACUUUAAAGUCUGCUACCCAUCCCCCUCCCCCAUAUGUACAGACAAUAAUAUGGUGUGGAAUGUAGUCAGUGGCAACAUUUCACAGAUUUUUAUUUUGUUUCUGUCUUCAACAUUUUUGACACUGUGCUAAUAGUUUAUUCAGUACAUGAAAAAGAUACUACUGUGUUGAAAGCUUUUUAGGAAAUUUUGACAGUAUUUUUGUACAAAACAUUUUUUUGAAAAAAUACUUGUUAAUUUAUUCUAUUUUAAUUUGCCAAUGUCAAUAAAAAGUUAAGAAAUA